AGUGCGCUAGAGAACGUAGUGAGAGCAUCAUCGAUAGGUCACUAUUUGACAUUAAGGAGUGCUUGUUAUAGUAAUAAAAGGAGUUCGCAAGAUGGCGUUCAAAUCGUCGAUAGGUGUUGUUAUUUUGUCGUGUCUAAUUGUAUUGGUAUCGUCAGCUGUCCCAAAGAAUGUAAAAAGGAAACCAGUGAAUCCGCCAGCGCGCGCAGCGGCUGAUGACGAACGUGAUGCCGAGAUCACCAACUCCUGCCCUGAUGACGGCUUCUUCGCGGAUGCCGAACAAUGUGAUAAAUACUACGAAUGCAGACAAGGCAAAAUAAUCGAGAAACUUUGUCCUGAUGGCAUGGUGUUCAACGAUUACAGUCCAGAAGAGGAGAAAUGUGACUUACCCUUCAACAUCGACUGCUCUCAGCGUCCUAAACUACAGGAACCCAUUCCCGCCCAGCACUGUCCUCGUCAAAACGGUUACUUCUCCCACUCAGACCCCAAAGAAUGCGGUAAAUUCUACUACUGCGUAGACGGCAAGUUCAACAUGAUCACUUGCCCUGAUGGUCUCGUUUACAACGAGCGGACGGGAAUUUGCACCUGGCCUGAUGAGGCUAAGAAGAAGGGAUGUGGAGCUGCUGAUGUAUUCCAAUUUGACUGCCCGCCUGUGAACGAGACUUUUGGUCUGACACAUCCCAGAUAUGCCGACCCUGAAGAUUGUCAAUUCUUCUAUGUAUGCAUCAACGGCAAUACACCCCGUCGCUCUGGUUGUAAGCUGGGACAAGCAUUCGAUGACGUCAGUAAGAAAUGCGAAUGGGCGAGGAAGGUACCUGAAUGCGCUGAUUGGUACAAAGGCCAACUAACAGAUGCUGAGUUGGAUGCUUUAGAAAACCCACCCACGCCUAAACCUAAACCAGCUGGUACAGUCUCACGCCGCAAGCCCCAGCGUCCAGGAAAAGGAAAACAGAUUGAAGUUGACGAGGAAUAAAUUUAAGUAGCUAGGUUAAUAAAGAAUUUUUACAACUUUA